UAUGAAUCACGGUCUUCAUUCACCGUAAUAUCACACAUGUUCCAUCCACCCCAUUUUAUGUCAUUUCCGUGGUGACACUCUAACGGCUGUCUUUUCCAUGCUACCGCCUACUGGAGUUAACAAAGACCGAAAUCGUUCGCCUACUUUCCGAUUGAGGUACGCACAUCAUAAAUUCUGUCACCCUGUGUUCCAGUUGGACAGCAUUGCAGCGCACAAGUGCCUACAGUUAUUUGGCAGCUGGUCGGUACCAGUGAGCUUCGCGAACAAAUUAAUCAAUCUCUGCCGGCGGACACAGCAAAAUCCUGUGCGGUCUCAUCCAUUUUGACAUCUUAAUCGAUACGACGAAGGAUGAUCGAAUUCGAACUCUUGUCUCUUCCUUUCAGACCGGGUUUUGAUGACGACCCCAUCACGGUCAAGACAUUCUAUAUCAGACAGUGGAUUCAAGUUGCACAAGGUCCUGUGAUAUACAAUUGCUUAUCUCGCU